AAUUUAUCUCAUUCUUCAGCUACAAGUGGGAUCAUGAGCCGACCAUCGUCCCCGAAGCAUGUUUUCAAUGCCAGUACAGUUGCCAAGGCAGAUGAGUGCAUUGGGAAGGGUCUGUCCGGAGUAAUGCGAGACCUGCUGCACCUGCAGGACCCAAAGUAACUAGUGCAGCCACGCGUCAAAGCCCAAGUCCAGCCGUGCCUGACUCUUCGGGGUUGUAGAUCUGGUUUGGUCGGGCGCUGCUGUCGCAGAGGUACAUUUUCAAUGCGAUUCAAACAUUGCGGGGAAGACCAUCCCAUCUUCUAGAGCUCAGCAACAGUGAAGGCCAGUUUGUCUCCGGUCCUAGAGAAGAUAGGACCCAAACAGACUCGUGUGCGAGCGAGCGAGCGAGUCCAGCGCAUGAAAGGUCAUUCUGACAGACAGUUUUGUAUAGAGUCUGAUCUCGGGACUCGAGACUCCGGUCCCAACACCUUCUAAUAAUGUAUUGUACUGCAAAUAAAUCCUCGUUUCUUUCAAGGCAGCCAGAAUGGACUUGCUGCUCUGGGUGCGUUUGCCGUGGCUUGUAGCGGGAGCUGCUGGAUAUCGUUAACAAUUGCCCUCUGUACCCGCUCGGAUUCGAUCACUGCAACGACCUUGUGAUCACGCAGGAUUCGGCAGACGCCUUUCUAACUGGCUGGAUUUGGCUCUUUUUCAGCUUCCAAAUUCUGCUGGGCGGGGUGGAGUCGAGUGGAGCGGGGGACCUCGGGGAAGAGUGAUUUGGUGCUACUCGGACCGGUGCACUUCUGCUGCAUGUUCGUUGGUUGCCGUCGGGUCAGUAUACUCCGGACGACGUGUGGCUGACGGGCUGAUUAGAUUUGGUAGUAUCGCAUAUCUUCGCUGGAAUGUGCCGACAGUGCAUGGGGCCCCAGGAAGACACGGGCUGAUUUUCUAACGUGAGAAAGCAGGGCUGGUCGCACAGGCCGAUCCCGAGGUCUGGGCUUUACGGAGCCGGAGGAAGUUGAUGACAGAGCGCUGGUUUUGCCACUCUUGAGGUUGGAAUAUUAUACGAGACAGUAUUCUUGAGAUCGAAGGAUCCGCUUCAACGUAGUAUUACGCUUUGGAUUGCAUAGAGGCAAUCGCUCGUCAUUUUGCCCGGGUGUGGGGCGGAAAUUUUUUUUGAGCGCAAAGUUCUCGUAAAGGAGACGCGGACGGGAGCAAUAAUAAGUCGGAGCUGCCGUGCGGGGAGACAUAUCAUAACCGCAAUGGGGCAUGACGUUGCAGAGAAGAUUUGGCUGCACGGGGUGUUGAAGGUGACCAUUUUGGACCUCGACCUGGAGAAAUUGUUCCAUCUGUGGGCGAAUGUGAAUGACAAACUGGGAGGAAGUUUUGCUACGGUGGAGCUUCCCCCUGUGCAAAUGGCGCGAACCCGGGCUGAGCAGUGUCACCACGGUGUCAUCGCCUGGAACGAGUGCCUGCGAGUCUACACUGCCAACAGAGUCUCGACCGUGGACAUUACCAUAACCAGUGGUCAUCACUCUCGCCCUCAAGGGCGAGCUAACAUUCCAGCAACCGACAUUCUUCUCAAAAGACACCUCGAAGGCUGGUUUACGAUAGAUGGUUUCUUCAAGAGCAUUGGCAAGAUUCAUGUCAUUGUCGACUUCGAACCUGCUGAUGAGAAUCCGCUCUGGGGCAAUGGUGUUGGGGAGAAUUUUCCUGGAGUACCCCACACUUUCUUCCCCCAGCAUCGUGCAUGUUUGGUCACUCCGUACCAGAAUUCUCAUAUCGAAGAUGACUUCAUUCCCCCGAUUGCUAUGCAAGGAGGUAAACACCGAAUCCCUGGGAAAUACUGGAAGGAGCUUCACCAUGCAAUUUGCAGUGCGAAGAAGUUCGUGUACAUUGCCGGAUGGUCAAUGUUUGCAAAAAUCUCCUUGGUACGAUCUCCCGAUGGAGAAUUGGGGGAGACACUGGGCGAGCUUCUGAUCAGGCGGGCCCAGGAGGGAAUUCGUGUGAAUGUGAUGAUUUGGGAUGACAAAACCAGCAACUUACACUCGAUGCUGAAGAGCUUUCGGGAGGGGAUCAUGCAUACGCACGACGAGGACACUGAGAAGUUCUUCACAAAUACGGAUGUGGCGUGCCUCAAGUGCCCUCGCGAUCCCAGGGCAGAUGCCUUCCACCUAGCUGAGGGAUUCGUCUUCACGCACCACCAGAAGGUGGUUGUCGUCGACGCCCCAGCGCUGCCCCCUUACUCUCCAGAGCAGAGACGUAUCAUAGCAUUCGUCGGAGGCAUUGACCUGUGCGGGGGACGAUACGACACUCCCUCGCACUCGCUCUUCCGCACUCUGACCACCGUGCACAGGAAGGACUUUCAACAGGGCUGCAUUCCCGGAGCUGCCCUCAAAAGUGGAGGUCCGAGACAGCCAUGGCACGACAUUCAUAGCAAGCUGGAAGGGGCAGUGGCGUGGGAUGCGCACACCAAUUUCGUACAGCGAUGGCUCUGUCAAGCUGGAAAAAUUAACGAGCACUUGCUCGUCUCAGUUGACCCGGAAGCUUCAGAAUUCUGUCCUCCCAGCCCGGCGGUGGAGGAGCACCACCCGGCAGCAUGGAAUGUGCAGCUCCUGCGAUCCAUCGAUACCACGUCCGUGGUGGGAUUUCCAGACGACUCGUCGGCCGAGCUGGUGUUGGAGAAGGGACUGGUGAGGGAGGAGAAGGAUCUGGUGGACAGAAGCAUACAGGACGCAUACAUCUGCGCCAUCAGAAGAGCCAAGCAUUUCCUCUUCAUCGAGAAUCAGUACUUCAUCGGAAGCUCCUACGGAUGGAAAGACCUCCCGGACUGGCACACGGCCGCACCGCACCUCAUCCCCAUGGAGAUCGCGCUGAAAAUUGUGAGCAAAAUCCGAGCGGGCGAGCACUUCUGCUGCUACGUCAUCGUGCCCAUGAUGCCCGACGGGGCUCCGGAUGGUCCCUCGGUGCAGGAUAUUCUUCACCACGUCAAAGAGACCAUGCAGAUGAUGUAUCAGAUGAUCGGAGAUGCUCUGCGCGAGGUGGGAAGACUGUCGUGCCGGCCGACGGACUACCUCUGCCUCUUCUGCCUCGGCAACAGGGAGGUCAAGGAAGGGCACGAGCUGAUUCCCGACGAUCCCCCGCAGGAGGGCACGCACUACUGGCUCUCGCAAGAAAACCGCCGCUUCGAGAUCUACUGCCACGCCAAACUGAUGAUCGUGGAUGACGAGUACUUGAUUAUUGGGUCUGCAAAUAUCAAUCAACGGUCGAUGGAUGGAGGGCGAGACACAGAGAUGGCGAUGGGAUCUUACCAACCUCAGCACACGCUGCAUGGCUCGCUCUCGGACGAGGCAGGACCACGUGGGGAGGUGUAUGGAUUCCGAUUGUCUCUUUGGUUCGAACAUUUGGGCUGUCUACAUCCGGAGUUCGAUCACCCCGGCACUGUGAAGUGCAUGCGCAAGGUGCAAGAGCUCGCAGCGCACAACUGGCAAGAGUACAUCCGGCCUGCGCCCGUGCUGCAAGAUUUGCCGGGCCAUCUGCUGAUCUACCCAUUCAACGUGACCGAAGAUGGGCAAGAGGUGUACACUGAAUCGGGGUUCCACCACUUCCCCGACACCGAUGCUCCUAUUCUCGGAGCUGGAAUUCCCAAGCUCCCCGGAAUUCUAACCGCGUGAUGAGCCCAAUCUUCGCUUCACAUGCUCCCGCACUCUUCCCGCGGCCGGUCGUCAACUAGGGACAUUCGACUUGCUCUUCGGCAGUUAGGGAUCGGGAGGGCUCGGACUGCAGAGAUUCUGAUAAUCUCGACCGCAUCAGCAAGAAUGGCUCAUGCACGAGCAGCGGUCAAACGUAGCCACAAGCUGCCACGACUUCUUAACAGACACCUUUGGACACCAUUCUUUUCAGUCAGCAGCCGUCGCGAACGAAAGGUCCAGACUCCCGAGCGAUAUGCUCAGUGCCCGUCCCUUCUUCCAUCCAUGGAGCAGAUGUACUGAAUCUCCAUCAGUCCCACGCAGAGCUGAAACCUUCCCCGAGCCUUCAGACAGAGGCUGUGGACUGGAAUCCACUACUCAGAAACUCCUGCACCGUGAGGAAUACGAAAUUGUGCAUAACGCCAAGCGACAUGCGGGUGGAUGCAGCGCUCUCUGAUCCUAUUUUCGGCCGAUCCUAACCCUGAUCGCAGUUGGAAAACCAGUCAGCUUUCGGGCGUCCAUGAAGAUGCUUCUCGCUGAUUUGGUCUGCCGGGGUUCUUUUGUCCCUCUUGCGCGUGAGUACAAACCAUAGAGUAGGAUAUGUGAGUGGCCGUCGCAGUGGCCCUCUGGCUCGUAAGGUGCAGUUAGUAGUACUUGUAAGAUAACGGCCUUAAUAUGUACCGACGAAGUUCUAAACGACCAUUGAUGGCAUCUAUAAAACGGAAUCUCGUUGAAGCCUUCAGGCUCAGAUGAGACGCAAGUGAUCCUCGCUGAACGUCCAGAUGUCCUCGACUCGCGUACUGAGAUCUGGGAGUAGAUAAUCUCGUCUGCUCGUAGCGUGAAGCGCACAAUACCAGGUGGGAAUCUUGUGAAGAGCAUGGCGCAUGAAGGAACCCGCGUCCCGACGCCAUGAGAAGUGCGUACUUGCGAACUCAUGGGUGGUGGACAAAUUGUACCUUUCUGUCUUCCUGGGCUUCCCUCUGCCUCGUGUCUGUUCGUGUAACGUCAUAUGAUUAUAUGAUUGAGACUU